AUGGACGAAACGAUCGUGAAGCAGCUCCUGGCAUCGUUCCUCCCCCCCAACGUCGUCGCCCUCAUCGACACACACAUCCUCGACCCGCGCUCCCCCAUCCAAAUCUUCAAGCGUCAAGCCCUCGCGCAAGCCCGCGACGGCGCCUCAGCCGUGAUACCCCUCGUCCAGCCCGUCGCGGACCGCGGCAUGGCCGUCCUCGCGGAGCACCAGGGCGCGCUGGACCUCCUCCUGCCGCUGGCGACCAUCGUGGCGACGCUGGUGGUGCUCAACUGGAUCCGGCGGCUGGUGCUGUGGUGGACGCGGCUGGCGAUGCGGGCGGUGCUGUGGGCGGCCGUCGUGGCGCUGGCGGCGUGGGUGUGGAACAGGGGGGUGCUUGUGAGCGCGCGGGACGCGGCGGUGGUUGGGGCCAAGAUUAUGGGUUACAUGGCUGUGUUGAAGAAUGUUUGGCUGGAUGAGUAUAAGAGGUAUGAAGGGCAGCAGGCGAGUGGAAGGUGGGACGAGUAUUCGGCGAGGAGGAGUGGAGGGGGGAUGUAUGACCAGACGAGGUGA